AUGGUCUUAGAGAUCCUUCCAAAUAUUGUUUUAGAAGUUGCUCCUGCCAAAUCUCCAUUCAUUCAACCACUGAAUACUGGAGGACACUGGGUUUGCUGCACGACGAUUUUAACAAAACCCAACUCGGGCACAGUCAGAGUUGUCAACAGCCUAUACAACAGACCAAGUUCACAUGUUGUUGAGCAUUCUUGUUGCUUGCUAAGACAUUCUGGUUGUACAAUGACAUUCUUGAACGAAAAAGUGCAGAAACAAAUAGGUGUUAGUGAAUGUGGUCUUUUUGCAUUAGCAUUUGCCACAGAUUUGUGCUAUGGUUUGGACCCAGCAAAUCAACACUAUGACCAAACUACCAUGCGUCAGCACUAUGUCAGUUGUCUCGAAUCUAAAGCCAUGGUCCCCUUCCCUAAAACAACAAAGAGAGUACCAUGCCAUGCGACUUGCAUAAAAACACAAGUGGAUAUUUUCUGUAUAUGCAGACAACCAGAUGAUCAUAAGCAAUAUGUUCAGUGCUUCUGUUGCCAGGAAUGGUACCAUCCAACAUGUGCUGAUAUUCCAACCACAGUUAUCAACUCUAAGGAGAGGUGGAGGUGUAGAAAAUGUUUAGUUUCCAUUGCAUAA